AUGGCUAGUUCGAUUCCUGUAUCUUAUGGUGACCUUCUUACAAAUGCAGAUGAUCAACAACUUGAAAUUUUCUGCAUUAUUUGGCUGGAUGAUAAUGUGCAAGCCAGUGAUGAUCGAGAUACAGAACAGAAAUUACGCUCUAUUAUUAACCGUCUCAAGCGGUUCAAAGAUGUAGAACGAUGUCAACAGUAUAUCAACGCAGGAUCUGCAAAAGAUAGACUAAUUAUUAUUGUCAGUGGUAUAUUAGGACGAAAGAUUGUUCCAGCAAUUCAUAAUGUUCGGCAAGUUAUAUCAAUCUACGUGUAUUGCAUGGAUGAGGCAGGUAACAGGGAAUGGUCUAAAAAUUAUACAAAGGUCAAAGAUGUUGUUACUGAACUCGAUAAACUUAUUUCUCGAAUCGAAGUUGAUCAUAAAAUUCAAAAAGUUAUUGAACAACCAUUAUCCAUCAAUAUUUUUACGGCAGGCAAAUCGACAGACGAUGUCAAUGGGAAAUUUGUCUAUUUCCAAGUGCUUAUCGACUGUCUUCUACGACUUAGAACUACUCCAGAAGAUACGAAAGAGCUUAUUCAAAUUUUGAAACAAGCAUAUGAAGAUAAUCGUUUUGAAUUGAGCAAUAUUCAAGAGUUUCGAAAAAAGUAUUCAUCUGAUCAAGCUGUUUGGUGGUAUACACGAGAUACAUUCUUUUACAAGGCGCUUAAUGCCGUUCUACGUACAGAAAAUAUCCAUAUGAUAUUUUUAUUUCGUACAUAUGUCUUUGAUAUUCAACAUCAAUUGAAAACUCAUCAAGCUAAGAAACCUCUACGAGUUUAUCGAGGACAAGUGAUAUCCAUUGAAGAACUGAAAACUCUACAGAAUAGUUGUGGUCAGUUUAUUUCGGUAAAUUCAUUUUUUUCCACCAGUACUAAUGAUGAACGAGCACGUUCUUUUCUUAAUGCUCCUAAUACUCCAGAGAAUUUAGAAAAAGUCCUAUUCGAUAUUGUCGCUAAUCCGAAAGCAGCUACAACAAAACCAUUCGCCGACAUCAGGACACUCAGUGAAUUUCCGGGCGAAUCAGAAAUACUCUUUAUGAUCGGUUCAAUCUUUCGCUUAAACAGUGUCAAUCGCAGUGCUAAAGAUCAAAUAUGGAUCAUUGAAAUGACUCUUUGUAGUGAAAAUGAACACGAUUUACAAGAAGUUCUCAUGUAUAUGACACAGCAGCUAGGUAAUGGAGAUACAAGCCUUCAAAUGCUAGGAAAACUAUUGUGGGAUAUGGGGCAAUUAGAUAUGGCUGAAAAAUACUUUAUUCGUUUGUUGGACCAACUUCCACCAGAUGUCCAUUUACGCGGUGAUCUAUAUGAAGACCUUGCCAAACUCGCAGCCCAAGCAAAAGACUAUGACAAAAGUGUUCAAUGGCGUAAAAAGGCUCUCAAAUUCAAGAAUGAACAUCCAUCAGAAUUGAGCACGAAUAUUAAUCCAAUCGGAGACAAAACCCAUUCGGUCAACGUCAAUACGAAAGAAGUGAUAAAUCAGGUUACAGAAAUAAUGACGGAAAUGUCUCAAUUACAAAAUUUUACUAUACCUCGCUACUUUUUCAUUUUACCGACAAGAAAAUGCGAUAAGAUGUUCAUCAGUAAUGAACAAAAUUGGUUUCGUAUUCAUUAUAAACUCUACUUUCUAUGUGAAUGCUCACAUGAACCAAAUCAAAUGCAUGUCGCACCUCAUGAAGGUUAUUUGAUUAGAAUGCCAAGAGAUUUUGUUGUGCAAUAUGCACCAUAUUUAAGAACAACUCUAAAUAUCGUUCGAAUUAUGCUUUCAAGUGGACGCUUUGUCCUUUCAAAAAAUGGUAGUGCAUUGCCAUCGGAAUUUAACACUCCCGAAGAGAAGGAAACUAUAAGACAGCAAUUACACUUGGUUGAAGCAUUAAUCAAUAAAUUUGAUAAUAAACGAACUCGUCCCGGUGCAUCCAUGGCUGAUGUAGAGAAAUCAAGAGGAGUUCCACUUCAGGAAGUGGAACUAAGCGAACUUGAAACAUAUCUGGAACUUGCUGACAAUCAAUGUACUCUUGGAAACUUAUAUCGAGCAAUUGCUGUUAAUGGAUUUGUUCUUUGGGUAUGUCUUGAACACUAUAAUAACAUUAGUUUCAAUAAUGAAAUGCGUAAAUAUAUAAAAGAUUUUUUGGCUAUGGGAGACGAUAAAUAUAUUGAAACUAUUCAAUCUUAUACAAGUUGUAGAACAAUUCUACUAGGUUUUGUAAAUGAUAAUUCUAGUGUUCAGUGCGAAGAUUCAUAA